GGGUGUGUGUUAAAGGGAUAAGAGGACUGCCUUUUCAUAUAUAACAGAGUAUUCUAUGGGAAAGCCGGCACUCAUUCACUUCAGUCCCAGACUUCGUGUUGUCUGUCAUUAGGUCUCCAUUGAUUGCAAGCAAAACAUCAAAUAUUUUGAUUAUACCUAUUAUUUCGAGUUUCAAUUGACUACACAUUCAAUACAAUGGCACCAACUCUUGGAUACUGGAAUAUUCGUGGAUUGGCUCAACCAAUCCGUCUACUGUUGGCCUAUUCUGGCACUGAAUAUGAGGACAAACGUUAUGUUUUGGGACCGGCGCCUGAAUUUGAUAGAACUGAAUGGCUUAAUGACAAACAGACCCUCGGCCUCGACUUUCCCAAUUUGCCCUACUAUUUGGACGGCGACCUAAAGUUGACCCAAAGUGUGGCUAUCCUUCGACACGUGGCCCGUAAGGCCAAACUCAGUGGUCAGACCGAUGCCGAAAAACUGCGCGUAGAUCUGGUUGAACAGCAAUUGGUGGACAUCAACACCGGCGUCGUUCGUAUCUGUUAUGACCCCAACUUCGAGACCCUCAAAGUGGAUUAUCUCAAGAAUUUGCCUCAAAGUCUGGAGCUGUUGAGCAAAUUCCUGGGCGACAGACCCUUCCUCGCAGGAGAGAGUGUGACUUAUGUGGAUUUCCUUGCUUACGAAAUCUUGGAUAAAUUGAAUGCUUUGGCGCCUGAGAUCGUGUCCAAAGUGGAUAACCUCAAGAAGUACAUCGAGAGAGUGGAGUCUUUGCCACAAAUUGCAAACUAUCUGAAGAGUAACCCUAAGACCCCCUUCAAUGGUCCGAUGGCUAAAUGGGGCGGAAAUUAA